CAAACUCACGCUGACACGUUGAUGGAUCAGCUUUUCUCUGAUCAGCAGUCUCACCAUUUCUCUGCUGAGGAGGUGGCUGCCCAUCAGGCUGACUUGGCUAGUCAGUUCGAGCGGAUCUCCCUCUAUGAUCCUGCUCAUGAAAUGCUGGAGAGGGGUGGCUGUCCAGCGAGCCAGAUCUGGUCCACAUCUGGUUUCCUUAAUGGACACAACCUCCCCCCAAUACCGGUCGAGGAGGUCGAGGAGUGCAUUGCCCUGACUGUCCUGAAGGCAGGGAUAUACAGCCUGAAGCUCAAGGAGACCAGGCAGGCCAAGGAACAAGGCCUGCUGAUGGCCAAGGAAAUGGCCGAACAGGCAGCGGAGGCCGAACGGCGGGCUUUCUCUGAGGAGCGGAAGAAGCUAGAAGCCGAGGCAGGGGAGCUCCGUGUUAAACUGGGCGCUCUCCAAGCCAAGAUUGCAGCAGCUGAGGCUGCUCAGAUCAAAUUCUCUGAGGCUCCUCCUCAGAUCCCGGACGGACCGGCCGAAAUGACAGUUGAUCUUUCCGCCGUUCGGGAUUCCUUCAAGACUUCGGAGGAGUUUCUGGCUCUAAAGGAGAAGUACGCCACCGAACAGCUCCCCGCUGUCUUCGGGAGGCAUCUGGAGAAACUGGCCGGAGAAGAGCGCCAGAAGGAGGGGGUCAGGGUGCUUGAUCAGCAUCCUGUCACCAAGGAGUGGGCUGAUAACCUUGCCCGAGGGAUCUACAGUUCAGGCUGCCAACAUAUGCUCCAGCCUCUCCUCCCCCUCCUGGAAAGAUAUAUGGGCUGAGCGGUGCAAACUUCUGACUUUCCCUCCGACCUUCAUCCGGGUCAUCUGAACGCCCUGAUGGCACAGAUGAAAAAGUGCCGGCGAGCCCUGGGGAUGGAGGUCGUGCAGAUUGUAGAUGAAGAGGCUGAUGAAGAUGAUGAUGAAGACGAUAAAGAUCAUCCC